UACGCGCAUGCGUGGACCGAUCGGGCGAUAAAGCAAGAUGGCGUCUGACGGAGAAGGCCUAAACGCGGGCAUUAUAUUUCUGUAUUCUUACAUAUAUGUUGUUUAAUAGAGUACACACGGUUAAUAAUUGUUUGUAGCAGGAUACAUUAGUCUGAGCGCACUUUGACACUUCUCCUGUUUGAUAGCUUCAUUUAAGUUAGCUUGCUAGCUGGCUAGUUAGCUUAGCUUGUUAGCUGCUAACAAAGAGACGCGGAAGUUAUUUAAACAUCGCUAAGUAGGGAACUAAUGUGAGUGUAAAGUGUUGUGAUUGUGUGAAAAUGUGCGAAAGAACGAUAGCAAAGUAUGAGGAGGAACUUUGUCCAACAAAAGAGGAGAAGGAGCCACAACAUCAACUACUGGAUGUUUAUUAUAAGAAACAUCAUCAAGUUGUGUUACACAGAACAGACGUCUGUGAAGAACAACUUCUGCCUGAAAAACAGGAGUGUAGCUUCAGGAUGGUGAAGGAGGAUCCAUCAAAGAGGAAGACCAGGCGCCACAGACCCUCUGGCGUCUCAUUUUCCUCUUUGACACAGACCCUGCCCUGUAAAAAGGAAGAGGAAGACUCACCCACCCCCAACAUUAAACAGGACGAGAAUGAACCACUGACCACCCACAUUAAAGAUGAAGAGGAGGAACACAGCAUCAGUCAAGAGGGAGAGCAUAUUGAAGGACUGGUGGAGUUCCCAGUGACUGGUGUCCCUGUGAAGAGUGAAGAUGAUGAGGUCAAAGGUGAAAGUGAGGACAAGAGAGAGGCGGAGCCUCCAAGCAGCAGCUCAACACAACACAUGACAACAGAAGCUGAUGGAGACCACUGUGGAGGAUCACAAGCAGACAAGCUCUUAGCUCCACUAUCAGAUAGUGAGGACACAACGUCACACUCUCCUGACACUGAUGAUGAAGACUCUAAAGAUGAUAAGACAUGUCACACUGACAACACUCACCUCAAAUGUUCUCACUGUGACAAAUCUUUUCAUUCCCGUUCUUAUCUAAAAGUACACAUGAGAACACACACUGGAGAAAAACCGUUUUCCUGCUCAGAAUGUGGUAAAAGUUUUACUAACAGUAAGAGUUUGAAAGUACACAUGAGAACACACACUGGUGAAAAACCUUUUCCCUGUUCAACCUGUGGUAAAGGUUUUACACAAAGUCAGAGUUUGAAAGUACACAUGAGAACACACACUGGAGAAAAACCUUUUUCCUGCUCAGAGUGUGGUAAAUGUUUUUCACGAAAAAAGGGGUUAAACAAACACAUGCUAAUUCACACUGGAGAAAAACCGUUUUCCUGUUCCCUCUGUAGUAAAGGUUUUACACAAAGUCAGAAUUUGAAAGUGCACAUGAGAACACACACUGGUGAAAAAGCUUUUACCUGUUCAAUCUGUGGUAAAAGUUGUACUAGUGGUCAGAGUUUGAAAGUACACGUGAGAACACACACUGGAGAAAAACCGUUUUUAUGCUCAGAAUGUGGUAAAUGUUUUACUCACAGUCAGAGUUUGAAAGCACACAUGAGAACACACACUGGAGAAAAACCUUUUUCAAUCUGUGGUAAAGGUUUUACACAAAAAAACGUGUCAAACAAACACAUGCCAAUACACACUGGAGAGAAAAUGUUUACCUGUUCAAUAUGUGGUAAAGGUUUUGCAGAAAGUCAACAUUUGAAAAGACACACUAGAACACACACUGGUGAAAAAUCACAUUACUGUUCAAUCUGUAGUAAAGGUUUUGUACAAAGUCAAUAUUUGAAAGUACACAUGAGAACACACACUGGUGAAAAACCUUGUUCCUGAACAAUCUGUGGCAAAGUAUGUAAAGAAAAUCAGUGUUUGAAAAGAACACACAUUGGUGAAAAAUCACAUUUCUGUUCAAUCUGCAACAGAAGCUUUUGUGAAAGAUCAUACCUUGUAGCACACAUGAGAACACACCCAGGAGAGAAAGUGUUGAGUUGCAGUGUGUGUGGUGAAAGAUUGUCUUCUAAGUACCAGUGUAAGAAACACAAGUGUGCUGGUGAGAACAGCAGCAGCAAAUGAAACUGCAGGAUUUGAAAUAAACUGUCAAGACUUUAAUUUGGACUUUCUAACAACAUCAGCACAUAUAACAUGUGUGACAUUGUUGUUUGUGUAACGAUCUUUUUAAUAUGCUUCUACGUUUAUAGAUUAUAUAUUUUAUAUUAGUGUUUUUUUCAGUUUUUCAGUCAAGUACAUGCAUUAAUAUGCAAUCAAAGUUUGGA